UGGAGCGCAUUAUUGGGCGUGGGACAAGAGGAGGGGAUGAGGAGGGGGCGUGCUAAAGGUUUUUUUUUUGUGCACGAGAAAAGCCGCUUAUUCAUAGCACCCCCAGAAGCAGGUGUAGGGCAGGCCACCUAGACACAUGCGUUGCAUUGUUCUUAAAUUAAAAUCUACACAUCGAGACCAAGGGGUUUCCGGAGGAAUUAAUUGCACCGGGAAAUGGUUUCUUUAAUGUUAAUUGACAUUAGAUGCGCUUCUUUUGUUCACCCGCAUCUAUACUUCCCGUUGUGACUGUCGAGACACACUAGUUAGGUGCGAUCGCAAAUGACUUGACAUAGAUAGUGGUGGUCGCAGUUAAACACUUUCUUUCUGAAAAAUAGAGGAAGAAUUGAACACGAUGACUGACCAGUACAGUAUGUUUCUCACCACCGCUCCCCCUCUGAGAAGAGGAAGCACACCUCUACCAAUCAAGCACCAGCUGAGGCGGGAGGAGGCUGUAUCAGAGGACCAUGACUGGAUACCAGGGAUUGACGAACCGGCCACGCUGCCAAUCAGUGACGCCCUUUGCCGGGAUGAAUCAUUUAGUCAAGUGCCGGAGGGGUAUCAUGGGAGUGCUAUAAGGAUCGUACUACUUGGGCAGAAUGGGGUUGGAAAAUCAGCACUCUCUCUGGCCCUGGCUGGACUGUCAGACAGCUCACUGUCAGUGGACUCUGAAACAGCCUGUGGAGAAGGCUACGAGCGCACGGUGUCAGUUGACGAUGAGGAGAGUUCAGUCAUCAUUUAUGACAACUGGAAACAGGACCUGUCCACGCUGCAGUGUGAGGUGGUUGUCCUGGUGUUCUCUGUGACAGACAGGAGAAGUUUCCACCGCACCGCCCAGCUCCGCCUCAUCCUCAGGGAGUCGCUGCCCCACACUCCCAUCAUCCUCGUGGGCAACAAGAGUGACCUCGUCCGCUCUCGGGAGAUCAGCACAGAGGAGGCCCACUCCAGUGCCAUGAUGUAUGAAUGCCAGUAUCUGGAGCUGUCUGCCUCCCUGGACCAUGGUACCACCGAGCUGCUGGAGGGAGCGGUGAGGGCUGCCAGGGGCGACUGCGUUGGGCCGGGCUGGACGGAGGGGGACCCUGGGGCGGGGCGCAGGGAGAGUCUGACCAGCAAGGCCAAGCGCUUCCUGGCUGGCCUGGUGCCGCGGUCCUACGGCCGAGGAGACCGGGACAGGGGUCAGUACAGAGAGAUGAGCAGACACCGGGGCAGCAAGAUCCUCCGACAGAAAUCACGCUCCUGCCAUGACCUCAGUGCAAUGUGACACAUCAGACGGACCGAGAUAGAGAGAGGAGGUGUGUGAAAAGGGGAGGGGAAAAAAUUGAGGAAAACAGAGGAUGGGAGAUGAGUUAUGGAGGGAAAAACUGGGAUGGUGAGAAGUGUAGCAAUGGAGAGGGAGGGGCUGUUAGAAAUGAAGCUGUACCUUAGGGAGCGAGAGUGCGAGAGGUGAAGUCAUUAGAAUAGCAGGAUGAGAUGAAUACUAGUCGACUCAUUAUGCAAUGUAGAGGGGGGAAAAACAGUCACAUUGGAGAAAGAAUCAAGAAAAAGGGGAUUGGAAAAUGAUUGUGCAAGCAGGAAAAUAAUGAGUGUCAAAUAAACACACACACACACACACACGAGGCACGCACUGUCUAAUUAUGUAGAGACUGAUAGAGAUCUAACGUAGACCUAGGGCUGUAUUCAAUCUGGAUCGCUGGAGCGUUUCAGAUUGCGCGCUACAAAAUGUAUUGGUCAUUUCCGAUUGAGCCGACAGAUGCAGCGUUUACCGUGAAUGUAGUCUCCGCUAACGCGAUACGGAUUGAAUAGAGCCGACUUAUAUAGUCCCUGUUUUAAAAGCAUGCUGUUACACAGUGAAUAGAGUUGCAGAGAGAGAGGACUUGCCCCCGUAGGCUCAUAUAAUAAUAAUAACAAUGUCUUGUAUUCCCAUAUUGGCCGGUAGCUACAGUAUACUGACCCCCCCUCCCCUGUGAUCUCCAAUGCAAGGCCCUUUAUAAAAGCCUCAUCCAUACACUUUUUAUACUGUGGGUUCAGAACAGAUUUCAUGUCGCUGCAUAAUCCCUUUAAAUCAGGUAUAGAUUUGGGAUUUUUUUUCUACAGCAACCCCACAGAGAAGAGAACUUGGUUGAAGCGGGUCAUGUUACAGUAGCUAUUCUGAAAGUAAAUGUAGACUCAGGUCUUGCGGUUAUAUGAAAUCUGGCCACCUAUCCCACUACACUCACCUUUACACUGACUCCAUGGUAAACAUCCCUGCACUCAGUUAUGAUCCUAUAAUAGGGUCUGGAGUUUUUCCUCACCAGGAACAACUCCAGGCCCUACCUAUAUAUGCAGCUACUGCAGAGCCUAGCGAUAAGUAAAUAGCUCUAAAUGAAAAGAAGCAAUACUUGUAACUAGGGCCCGGAGUUUUUCCUGUUCACAUGACUUGAAAACCUAACCAGGGAAAACUCUGGUCCCUAUGUGUAGACACAGACUGGCAGAACCCACUUAACUCCUGGUUGAGUCAGAGCACGUUGGGUUGCUACAGAAAGACCGACAAAGAUGAGGGUUGAGGAGAUGACGAGAAAGACUCAACUACCUGUGGCUGUUUCAUGUUAUAUUGUUUUUUUUUUACCUGCUGAAAUUGUAUACACACACUACAUACAUACAGGAUACGGAUAACUACCAAAAUAAAGGAAACACCAAGAUAAUAGUGUCUUAAUAGGGCAUUGGGCCACCACAAGCCGCCAGAACAGCGUAAAUGCGCCUUGACAUACUCUACAAGUGUCUGGAACUCUAUUGGAGGGAUGUCACAUCAUUCUUCUACGAGGAAUUCCAUAAUUUGGUGUUUUGUUGAUGGUGGUGGAAAACGCUGUAUCACUGAUCUUGGUAGCCAAAAUAAUGGUCAUGUAUAAAAAUGUGAAUUUUAUACUAGCCCAAUGUUGUAGUUGAGUCACUAAACCUGUGAGGUCGAGUCUUGAGUCCCUAUGGCUGAAUUCGAGUCCGAGUCACCAAUGGUCGAGUUACGUCCAAUUUAUAAUAGGUCUUAUUAUGCAAGUACUUCUAGUCACCACCAGAUGGCAGUAUAUUGCCACUCCCUCGGAAACCCAACUAAUUUACUAUUCAUCACUACCUCACAAUUUCUACUCCAUACCUGUGUUUCACUACUUAUUUACUACAUAAAUGAAUGGUAUGUCAGGCUCUCAACUACUUUUUUUGUUAUCGCCCACUGACAUUUGUGUAGUUUUUUUUUAUUGCAGAGUGAACUGAAGGGAGACUGGCUAUGGGAUACAGGGCGGAAUUUGAGAGGGUAGAGCAAGAUGACAAAUUCAAAGACGGCCUACGUUUCUAUAGUCUAGGAGAGAGAGAGACAAAGAGCUGGACUGUUUUACUAUUAAACUCAAUAUUAUUGUUUUCAAUUUGGUAAAGCAGACAGAGCUAAAUAGUAGGCUGGUGGUUACAGGGAAGCAAGAGAGACACUUGCGCGAUGUGUAGCCUAUGAUCGGAGCCAGAGCGGAGCCUGACUGCCCACAAACAUCGCUUGCUCCCCCACAGCUCACAAGCUGAUGCCUCCCACUGCUAGAGAGCAGAAUCCUCGCUGCUCUGCACACCUAGUGCCACUUAUAUUCUGCUUCUCAUAGUAGCCUAUCCAGUCCAAGUGCAAAGUUACAAGAAGGCGAGUCCAAGUCAACGAUGGCAUCCUGGUCUCAGAUAAUUUUGUGGUAUUCUAGAUGUAAAUCUGAGACUCCCCAUUUAGUAUGCUAUGUUACGUUUCAUAUGGUAUGUAUUCAUUUUUGGAUGCCCAUCCAAUUCAUAUGAUAUGUUACGAAUACCAAUUUGUUGUGGCUAAUGUUAGCUAGCUGGCUAAUGUUAGCUAGGCUAUGAGUUAGGGUUGGGUUAAGGUUAUGGGAAGGCUUAGUUAACAUGCAAAGUAGCAAAUCGUUCAAGUUGCUAAAAUGCUAAAGUUGUCCAUUUUUAUUUUUUAUUUCACCUUUAUUUAACCAGGUAGGCUAGUUGAGAACAAGUUCUCAUUUGCAACUGCGACCUGGCCAAGAUAAAGCAUAGCAGUGUGAACAGACAACAACACAGAGUUACACAUGGAGUAAACAAUAAACAAGUCAAUAACAUGGUAAAAAAAAGAGAAUCUAUAUACAAUGUGUGCAAAAGGCAUGAGGUAGGCAAUAAAUCGAGUAAUUACAAUUUAGCAGAUUAACACUGGAGUGAUAAAUCAUCAGAUGAUCAUGUGCAAGAAGAGAUACUGGUGUGCAAAAGAGCAAAUAAAUAAAAGCAGUAUGGGGGGUGAGGUAGGUAAAUUGGGUGGGUAGUUUACAGAUGGACUAUGUACAGCUGCAGCGAUCGGUCCAUGAUGAGAUUCGAACACACAAUCUUUGAAUUGCCAGACUUUUGUGUUAUGCACCCACCCAUCCACCCCGACCAAUCACCAUCCUUUCAUUUUUGCCUUAAUUAAGUAACCUUCUGUCUUACGUAACCAUACCAAACAUAUCAUACUAAUUUGAGUGUCUCAAAUUUACAUUUACUUUGUUACGUCUAGUCUAUGAGACCAGGCUGCCAAUGGUCGAGAAGUUGAGUCACAAGUCAUGAAAAUCGGACUCGAGUACUACAACACUGACCCAAAGCAUGAUGGGGGAUAUUAAUUGCAUAAUUAACUCAGGAACCACACCUGUGUGGAAGCACCUGAUUUCAAUAUACUUUGUAUCCCUCGUUUACGUAAGAGUUUCCUUUUAUUUUGGUAGUUACCUGUACAUGAACUACCAUAGAACAGAGCAUUACUGUGGGGGCUGGCCACACAGGCAAACACAACAAUAAGCGUUCUGGAAACGUUGCUUGGAUGUCUUGUCAGCGUGUGGCAACUACAUUGACAUACAUUAGCUGCAUAUGCUCACCCAUUUGUCACUGUCUAUUAUUACACACUCUUGUCUUUCGAAAGAUAAUAAAAUCAUUUUGUUUGA